GCUUUCCAGGGAGCACACCAAAAGAUGGUUAGACAGGAGAGGCUGCAGGAAGAAUGCAAUUUGUAUAAUAUGGCUUAAGUCCAAUCAUGGCUGAGGAAAGCCUGGAGACAGAUGGCCCCAGAUCAUCGAUGCCGGCUGAGCUCCACCAACCUCACUCUAAGUACUCUCAGUGGAAGUUUAAACUGUUUAGAGUGAAGUCCAUGGAGAAGGCCCCUGUGUCCAGUGAGAAAGAGCUUGAGAAGGAAGCCAAGUCCGGCAUCUCGAUCUCUAACCUGUGUACAGCUCCAAAUAUAGGGUUAGAUAAUGGUAUGAGUACAGGUAGUGUCAUGAAGUUGUGCUUCAAUGCAAAAAGCAAGGAAAUUGUUGAACCACCUGACCAGAGCAUGGAUAUGAAGCUAGCAGAAAUUGACAACCACAUAAUACGUCUCAGAUGUCUGUGCCGUCUUUGUGGAACCCUGUUAAGGAAAGUUGGUGGCCCAGUCACUGAUGUUCAUGCAGUUCUGGAUAACGAAAGCAAGAAUUCCCUUUGCAAAAUGGGGUGUACAUCAACAAAAUGGCCAGAGGUCAUCCGCAAAGUCUUUCAAGUGGAUGUGAGAGAAGAUACAGAAUCUGUCCAUCCUCUUUCCUUCUGCCAUCGCUGCUGGAUGACUGCCAUACGGGGAGGGGGUGUUUGCAAUUUUUCCAGGACAAAAGUCCCAGAGUGGAAACCUCAUUGUGCCUUCUGCCACGUGUGCUCACCCAAGAAACAAUUAUUCCCUAAGACUGGCAGAAAAAGGAGAAAAGCCACUCCCAGUGCCCAAAGCUUAGUGAAAAGAACCAGAAUGGACCAUAACCACAUCACUGUCAGUGGUGAGAGUCGAGUUCUGAGACCAUUUGGCGGCCACCCUAAUGGUCCUGUCCUUAAGACAUGCAGAAGUCCCAGUGUCCAAAGGCAGUACUGGGUGAGGACCAUCACGCAUUGUCAGAAAGAACACCUCAGUAUCAAGCUUAUGUCUGAGAAUUUCCCUGUUGACUUCCUCUGUUCUUUCAUUUGCAUGGUGUGUGACCAUCUGCUCUCUGACCCAGUUCAAGCCCCCUGUGGGCACCUCUUCUGCCGCAACUGUAUUAUAAAAUACAACCACUUUAUAGGGCCUCACUGUCCUGCCUGCAACUUACCCUGUUCCAGCGAUGACCUCAUUCUCCCUGCCCAAACCUUUUUGUCAGUCCUUCAUUCUCUGCUUUUGCUCUGCCCAAGAGAUGGCUGUGGUCAGCAUCUAAGACUAGACUCUUUUAAAGCUCACUGUAUGGGCCACGAUGUGGAAGAGCAGAAGGCAAGACAGCAAUCAUCACAGCUUGACAACUACCUGAUAACCAAUAAAGGGGGAAGGCCCCGGCAACACUUGCUAUCCCUCACGCGUCGUGCCCAGAAGCAUCGAUUAAGGGACCUGAAGAACCAAGUGAGGGUGUUUGCAGAUAAAGAGGAAGGUGGCGACCUAAAGUCUGUGUGUCUGACACUGUAUCUGCUGGCACUGAGAUCUGCAAAUGAACACCGGAUGGCCGAUGAGCUGGAGGUUACGAUGCAAGGCAGAGGCUUUGCAUUGCAUCCUGCUGUGUGUUUGGCCAUUCGGAUCAACACUUUCCUGAGCUGCAACCAGUAUCACAAAGUGUACCGGACUGUCAAAGCCACCAGUGGCCGCCAGAUUUUUCAACCCUUACACACGCUCCGAGCUGCAGAGAAAGAGCUUCUCCCUGGCUUUCACCAGUUUGAAUGGCAGCCAGCUCUAAAGAAUGUGUCUACAUCUUGCAAUGUAGGCAUCAUAAAUGGGCUCUCUGGAUGGACUUCCUCUUUGGAUGAGUCACCAUCUGACACCAUCACGCGAAGAUUCCGCUAUGAUGUGGCUCUGGUGUCAGCAAUAAAGGAUCUGGAGGAGGACAUUGUGGAGGGGCUGAGAGAGAGGCGGCUGGAAGACAGUGCCUGUACCCUCGGCUUCAGUGUUAUGAUCAAAGAAUCUUGUGACGGCAUGGGAGAUGUCAGUGAAAAGCACGGCGGAGGACCAGUUGUUCCUGAGAAACUUGUUCGCUUCUCUUUUACAGUCAUGUCUAUUUCUGUUUUGGUUGGUGAAGAUAAUAAGCAGGAGGUUACAAUCUUCACUGAGCCAAAGCCAAACUCAGAAUUGUCCUGUAAGCCCCUUUGUCUGAUGUUUGUGGAUGAAGCGGACCACGAGACACUCACAGCUGUCUUGGCGCCCCUGGUUGCAGAGCGUAAUGCAAUGAAGGAGAGCAGGCUCAUCCUGUCCAUAGCUGGCCUUCCUCGAUCUUUCCGCUUCCAGUUCAGAGGAUCGGGAUAUGAUGAAAAGAUGGUACGUGAAUUGGAGGGUUUGGAAGCCUCUGGAUCCACUUAUGUCUGCACACUGUGUGACUCUAGUCGAGCGGAAGCCUCUAAAAAUAUAGUGCUCCACGCCGUCACACGCAGCCAUGAUGAGAACUUGGCACGUUAUGAAAUCUGGCGAACAAACCCAUUUUCUGAGUCGGUAGAGGAACUCCGGGACAGAGUCAAAGGGGUCUCCUCAAAGCCCUUCAUGGAGACCCACUCCACACUUGAUGCGUUACACUGUGACAUUGGCAAUGCCACUGAGUUCUACAAAAUUUUCCAGGAUGAAAUAGGGGAAGUGUACCGAAAGAAAAAUCCCAGCCGGGAGGAACGACGCAGCUGGCGGGCAGCUCUAGAUAAAGAACUGAGGCAGAAGCUGAAGCUCAAACCUGUGAUGAGGAUGAAUGGGAACUACGCCCGCAAGCUAAUGACCCUCGAGGCUGUGCAAGUGGUGUGUGAGCUGGUACCCUCAGAGGAGAGGAGGGAGGCCCUGAGGGAGCUGAUGAGGCUCUACCUCCAGAUGAAACCUGUGUGGCGCUCUACCUGGCCAGCCAAGGAGUGUCCUGACCAGCUUUGCCGCUAUACCUUUAAUUCCCAGAGUUUCGCUGACCUUAUUUCCACUUCUUUCAAAUACAGGUACAAUGGCAAAAUAACCAAUUACCUACACAAGACCCUGGCUCAUGUCCCCGAAAUAAUAGAGCGAGAUGGAUCUAUCGGUGCUUGGGCAAGUGAGGGCAAUGAGUCAGCAAACAAACUGUUCAGGCGUUUCCGUAAGAUGAAUGCACGUCAGUCAAAAGCUUUUGAGCUUGAAGAUGUCUUGAAACAUCACUGGCUCUACACAUCAAAGUACUUGCAGAAGUUUAUGGAGGCUCAUAAGUGCUCAGCAAAAGCCCUGCAAGCAACCAUUGACCCAGCAGAACUCCAGGACAGUGAAAGUAUGUCCUAGGAGAUCAUUGAUUUUUUAAUUUUCUUUUUUGAAUGUGAAAUACUGCCUGAAGAUUUGAUUGAUUUAACAUUCAGGGUUGUUAACACACUAUGAACUAAAACAAGCAGCUGACAAUGAAUGGAAUGAUUUCAUAUUCAUUUGUUUUUUAUGUAGUUUUUCUUUGAAAACAUUUUUCCUGUUAUGGUCACACUCUUUUUAAGGGCUUUGCAAAUUAAAAAUUCAUUUAUUCAUUCAUUCAUUCAUUUAUUGUUCACUACUGUUGAACUUGACAGACCACCAAUGUUUACACUGUUAAACUUUGUUAAUUGUGUGUCUUGACUGUUUGGAUGGCCACUGUGUGUGGAGGAAUUAAAUUGUAAAUUGAUAUGUAGACGGUAACACACAAACUCGUUUGGUUACAAAAACAUUCUUUUUUUCUUACUAUGUUUGCAUGAAAUAUGGCUCAAUUUAUUGUAUUGCAAGGACGUGACAUCUUUAUGAAUUUGUCGGGUGGAUAUUUAUGAAAGCAGAUGAAAUGGUAUAAGUCAUAGUGUGCAAAAGAUGACCAUAUUUCCAUCCAUCCAUCCAUCCAUCCAUUUUCUGAGCCGCUUCACCUCACUAGGGUCGCGGGCGUGCUGGAGCCUAUCCCAGCUAUCAUCGGGCAGGAGGCGAGGUAGACCCUGAACUGGUUGCCAGCCAAUCGCAGGGCACAUACAAACAAACAACCUUUCGCACUCACAUUCACACCUACGGGCAAUUUAGAGUCAUCAAUUAACCUACCAUGCAUGUUUUUGGGAUGCGGGAGGAAACCGGAGUGCCCGGAGAAAACCCACGCAGGCACGGGGAGAACAUACAGGCGGGGUCGGGGAUUGAACCCCGGUCCUCAGAACUGUGAGGCAGAUUUCAUUUGAUUCAUUUGAUUUCAUUUUGAAUGAAGACAAAUGCAAUCACAGAGACUUUAAGGUUCUUAGUUUCAUGAGUGCUCUCUGCAAAAGAUUAAUUUAUUGCUUUAUCCUGGCACCCCUGGGGCGGAAUAUAUCCCAGGUCACUUUGAACCGAUUUUUAUCUUUUUUAUUUUGUGCACAUUAGAUGAUACAUCAUGCUUAUUUGACAUCUUCACAUAAAAUAAAGCAUAUACUGGUGUUUUUCAUAAAUCAUGAAAAUCCAUUUUGAAGCCAAACAUCCAGUAGUUUCUCAAGCAGGGAUUUUUCUUUAGCUUGGUAUAAAACUGAGCAGUUUGCUUCUUUUGACAUUUCUUCAUCACAAUGGCUUAAGAUGGAGGAGGCACAGAAGGAGGUUGUGUAAACUCAGUUUGUUGGCAACUUUAUUUGUUUGAUUGAUUGCAUUGUCUUUUCCUGCCCUUGACAUUUGGGGGUGCGACAAGCAAUUUAGUUUUUUAUUUUAUUGGAUGUUUGAUUCCAUUUUAGUGUCAUAACCGCAACCAUACAUAAGCGUGGUUUUCACAGGCCUCAACAGACAUCAUCUUUUAGAAUGCAUUUUUAUGACGGCUUGUCUCAUAGUUGUGUUUUGCCAAAAUAAAUUGCAUCACCAAGUAAAUCAAACAUUUCCAUCUCCGCUUUCUGCAUUUUCUAUUUCCCAUCCACAUUAAAUUACAUACAGUAUCAUUUUGCACACCAGGUUUUACAGUAAGUUAAAAGUUCUAACUGCUUUUUGAUUCUUUUUCUCUGAAUCUCAAAUAAAGAGCAAAAUUCUAACUUUUUUCUCAAGUAAUUAUUUUUCUGUUUCAGCAUUUCCACUACAUCUUCAAAUGAUACUCAAAUGUGCUUUAUUUUUUUCUUCUCAUCUUUCCUAAUACUUAAACAGAACCUGAAAAUGCAUGUCACUGUGUUUCAUUACGUGCCAGUUAAAUACCUGCCUUGAGUAAGUGUUUGGAUUUGUUUUUUUAAAUUAAUAUAUACAAUAUGUGUAUUCUGCACAUUGCACACUAUUCUGCACACUGCAACAGUGUAGAAACAUUUGACUUAAUCUUCCCAAACAUUGGUAUUUGUCAAAUACAGAAGGGGCAUCAAGAAGUGAAAACUAUAAACUCAGUUCUCAUUUUCUCUAUUUUUUUUUUUUGUAUUUGAUCACAAACACACAACCACUCUAUUGUUGAUGUAUU